AUGUCGUUCGCCAGGGCUCUGUACCCCGCAAUUAGGGAGAUUCGCAUUUUUUGUUGCCAGACGAACUCAGCUUCAGGGGGUACACGGGAAUUCCUCAAGUCCACACACGCCAUAAUGAAGCAGCAUAAUCCGCACCUCCCUAUCAUGGUUCGGCAGGCGGGGGGGACGCCUGCGAGAGCGUUCGUGCGAUAUGAGAAAGGUGAUGAGAAGCAUGUAGAAUUGGAUAACCUCAACCAGGCGGAUGUUUCAUCGAAAAUAGCGCAGCUGCUGAAGAAGCCGUCCUAA